UAAUGGAAAGUGCUUUUAUAUUCGGAUGUCUAUUUGGAAUGGGUAUCAGAAUGACAGUAAGUAGAGUAAUAAGACAACCCUUACUAUAUAGUAAAGUAACAAUCAAAUAUUAGAAUGUCAUCAAUAUCCUAAAUAUAUGUUCUUGACAGGAAUUGCCUUUUCAGGAUUUGAUUGGAUUAGACGUCUAUCAUUAGAAACAUUAUGUGAAAAAGAAGAAUUACAAGAAUUCUUAGUACGAACUGCUCGCAUUAAUUAAUUGGCAACAGGAGCAGAAUCAGUUGGAGAUUACAAGAAAGAAUUUAUCUAAAUUGCCGUAGAUGAGCACAUUUAUUGAU